GCCAAGCUGGACCGGAAGACGUCUCCUCCCCACGCCUGCUCCUCUACCCCGCCCCCUAAACCGUCUUCAGAGCACACAGUGUGGCUCCACGACCCAGGGCUCCGAUUGGCCAGCGACGAGCAGGAAGAGGAGGACUAUGUCAGUGAUGCAAGUCGGCCGGCUGCACUCCAGGAGUUUACAGCCUCCUACAGAGAUGCAGAGACCAUUACUGAUGUGUGUAACAGUACUGAUUUGCCGGAGCUCGAGAUUAUCAGCUUAUUGGAGGAACAGCUGCCCGUCUACAAGCUGAGGGCCGACACCGUCUUCGGCUACGAACAAGAUGAUUGGCUGCACACGCCACUGGUGGACUCCAACUCUGCCCUCAACCUGACCACUGAACAGAUCGAGGAGACUCUCAAAUACUUCUUGCUGUGUGCUGACCGGGUGGGCCAGAUGACGAAGACCUACAGUGACAUUGAUGCUGUCACUCGACUGCUGGAAGAGAAAGAGCGCGACUUGGAGUUAGCAGCUCGCAUCGGACAGUCACUGCUGAAGAAAAACAAAGCCCUCAGUGAGAGGAACGAACUGCUGGAGGAGCAAGUGGAGCACAUACGAGAAGAGGUAUCUCAGUUGCGUCACGACUUGUCCAUGAAAGAUGAGCUGUUACAGUUCUAUACCAGUGCUGCUGAGGAAAGUGAGGGGGAAUCUACCACCUCCACACCUGUGCGUCCCAGUGAAAACAAUGUGUCAACUCCACUUUUUUUCCCCCUGGACUCCUUGCAGAAGAAACUCAAAGAUCUGGAGGACGAAAACAAAUCAUUGCGAUCUGAGGCCAGUCAUUUGGAGACAGAAACGAUCUCCUAUGAGGAGAAAGAGCUGCAACUCGUCAACGACUGUGUCAAAGAACUCCGUGAUGCCAACGUGCAGAUUUCUACUCUGGCUGAAGAGCUGGCCAGGAAGACUGAAGAUGCCUCCAGACAGCAGGAGGAGAUCACACACCUCCUCUCUCAGAUAGUAGACCUCCAGAAGAAGGCCAAGAUGUAUGCUGUGGAGAACGAAGAGCUGACUCAGCACUUGGGUGCAGCCAAAGACGCUCAGCGACAACUCACUGCUGAAUUGCGAGAGUUACAAGACAAGUAUGCAGAGUGCAUGGAGAUACUUCAUGAGGCUCAGGAGGAGCUAAAGAAUCUGAGGAAUAAAACUCUACCGCUCAGCACAACGAGGCGUUUCCAUUCUCUGGGUCUGUUCCCGAUGGACUCUCUGGCAGCAGAAAUAGAGGGCACCAUGAGGAAGGAACUUCAGAUGGAUGAUCCAGAUGUAGAAGAGCAGAGACUGCACCCAAAGCGAGUGUUCCAGACGGUGAAAAACCUGAACCUGAUGCGUCAGCAACGUUCAUCGCUCGCCUCCUCCCUCAACAUCCCGGGCUCCAAUCAGACAUCAUGCCUCACCUCAGAGCGCUCCAGCAGAGUGGGCACUCCGCCAUCCAACUCUAUAUAUGGUAGCGAGACGGGGAGUGGGAUCAUCCUGGACAACAGGACUAGCAGUAUCCUGGAGGGUCCAGACGAUGGGUCAGAGGACUCUAACAAGCGUCCCCCUGGAACCCCAGGGACCCCGGGCAGCAGGGACCUGGAGGCAGCCCUGCGACGUCUGUCCCUCCGCCGCGACAACUACCUCUCAGAAAAACGCUUCUUCGAGGAUGAGAGGGAGAGAAAGCUAGCUUACCUGGCCAAAGACGACGAAAAGGGAGGCGAAGGGAGUAGCGGAGGUCCAGGGACACCGACAGAGAGCCUGCUGUCGCUGUGCUCACAUCCCUCCUUUGGAAGCGUCUGGUCGGGGUACUCAUUCUCAGCGAGGUCCUACCUGCCGGACAAGCUGCAAAUUGUAAAGCCGCUAGAAGGCUCUGCUACUCUUCAUGCAUGGCAACAGUUGGCUCAACCGCACAUGGGCGCUCUGCUGGAUCAUCGGCCCGGUGUGGUCACGAAGGGCUUCCGCACUUUAGAACUUGAGCAGGAGCAGGAAGAAGGCUGGCAAAUGGACCAACCGGAGGAAGACGAAGUUUCAUGUGACUCUGCCUUGUCGGGAGAGAGCUCUGCUCCCAUGGAUGUGCCUCGCUCUACCUCUUCUCCCGCUGUCUGCCUCAACACAAAUGGAGACAUCUAUGACAAUAGCCAAUCAGAAACAUUGCAAGGAGACAUGUGCAGGGCUAGAGAAGCCAUUCAAGUAAAAGAUGGACACGUUGCCAAAAUGCCCCUUUCCUUCUCCAGCUCCUCCCCUUCUUCUUCUCCUCUCACCUCUUCUUCCGAGAUGAACGGGCACGUGGAUUUCAAGGAGCUCCAGGCCUUACAGGCUGCCUCAGUGGACCGUAUGUCUGUUAAUUUCCCAGGAAAGUGUAUGUCCCAUACAAGCUCGACAUACACCUUCACCACCUGCAGGAUUCUCCACCCCUCUGAUCAGCUGACCUCUGUGUCCCCAAGCUCAGCUCUGGCGUCUUGUCAGAGCAGUGCUUAUAUCGGCACCCCUACCCCCAACUCCUCUCCUAUACCCUUCUCUACCCCACCUACACCUUCCUACACCCCCUGCUGCACCCCACGCCGCCUCUCCCUUUCCAACUCACUAGCCGAGUCCUCCACCAACCUUCGUGACUCCACCAAGACCACCAGCACUUCCCUCGGCCUGGUGCACCUCCUGCUGGAGCAUGGGAUUUCUGCCUCAGUGUAUGACCCCCGCAGCUGGGACCGAGGGUUGGACGUCAGCGGUGCUUCAACACCCGUGGGAGGAGCGCAAGCGCAGAGGAGCACCAACGCACCAGAGGAGGCUGAACACAGACGGGUGGCAAAACGCCCGGACACCCUCCUCCUCCUGCAGCCCUCCACCCCGCCCAACUCCCCUCGUUCCAAAUCUGCCUCUUCUACCACCACACGACCAGUCUUUCAGUUCAGCCCUUCCACCGAUGACCCGCCCUUUUUUGACACCUUCCUUGCCUCGAAGCCAGCUCGUACCAUUCUGAGGGAAGUGCUGGGGGAGGCGGAGAAGGAGCAAGGCGGGCAAACAGAUGAUGACAGCCAAACAGAGAAGCUGAACCUGCGACUUGUGGACAAACUGAAACGUUUCCGCACCCUCACCCAUCACACUGCUUCUGCUUCAUCUGCAAAUACUCUAUUAGCCCCCUUUGGCUCUACUGUACUGGGGAACACUGGACUGGGUGGGGGGCUUCCAGGUUUGAAUGCAGGGUUGAGGAGAAAUCGAAGCUAUCCUGCCAUGGUAGGGGCUAGUAUGGCUAUGAAAGACCCAGGAGGACCCCCUAGCGCAGAGCUAGUCAUACCACAUAUGAUGCAAACCCCCCACACAAUGUCCACACAGGAAAUGAACAAAAUGCAAACAAAUCCCACCCUGGCCAUACACAUACCACAGACGCUACAUGAACUGGAAACAGUCACACCACAGACUAUAAAGCAGAGACAUGCCAGGCCAAAUGACGGACUGUGGCAAUUAACAGGCAAUGACCAACACAGUGAAGAUGAAACUGGGACAUAAUGGGAGAUAUUCAGUGUAUUGGCUCAUAUUACAACACACUGCAAUUAGCAUUUUAUGUGUACACACACAUUUACAAAGCCAAAUACCCUACAUGACUACAGACAUCCUUUAGCUAGAGUGAUGAACAGUGCAGUCCACAUAGACUCAACAACAAGCCAUCUCUCCUCCUAACCAGUCCAGACUCCAACUCAUUUAUUGAAACAAUCAGCGGAUGUAAGCUGAAUGAAAUGCUGGUGAAUGAAGCAGUAGUCUCUGACACUGUUACACUAUUAUACUCAUAAACAGUCAGUUGCCUUCCUCUGUGUCCAUUGUAAUUGUAUAUUGUAGAUGCAAUAUACUGUGUCAUAUAUAGUAUGAUAUUAAAGCCCCAAUCUGGUGGAAGUACUGCACAGCUUUCUCACUCUCAUUUUCCUUCUCAACCUGACUUUUGAAAAUGUACUGUACUGGCCCGAAUAUAAUUAUAUUUUACCCAGGGCUACACAGUUAUGCAUUCAGUCAGCAGAUGUUACUGUUACUGCACUUUAAGAUAGUCCCGUGUCAUGGGUCGUCUGUAGCCUUAAUGUCGCUAGGCGAGCGAGUUAUUACCGUGACGUGGCAACUCAAAUCUCCAGAGAGCAUUAUUGACCAUCAUAAAACGACACAUCUGUAGUCUUUAGCUUUUGAAUGAAAUAUUUGUAAAAGUGCACAAAGUGACUACUCUGUGAGUCAUGUCAUCCCAGCGUUCAGUCUAAUGUACGAACUGGCAGAUCAUUUUAAAGCCAACCAGGAAGAGAACAUUCUCUCCCGAUGUAAAGAUUCAGCCAAGAAAAGCUUUCUGCUAGUCCUGAAUGAGGCAAGCCUGUUACCAGAGCCUUUUUGUAGGAGUAGGAUUAUGUUGGAUUAAUUUUGUUAUUUUUACUGUACUGUUUUUGUAUUUAAAUGUGGCAAUACAUUCAAAUAUGGUUAAUUUUCCUACUUUGUUUCAUUUAAAAUGCAAAACAUUGUAAUUUUAUAUUCGGGCCAUGAUGGUAUUUUAAAGCCCUUAAUUGCACUGGAGUUAAAUGGAAGUUAUAUUGUCACACACAGUGACAUUGGCACUAGAGAUUAUUUUCUACCAGCAACUUCUUUUCCUCUCUCUGUAUGUAUGUUAUCUGUCAUUUCAAAAAUAAUCCAGAUUGGGACUUUAAUGUGUGAUCUGUUCUUACGUGCCUAGAAUCAGCUAACAUACUGCAUCUCAUUGGAGUAUGGGGUUGUAUUAUUUGAUUACUUUAUAAAAUCAUUGUUAAGAUUAAUGUAUUUGCAUCUGAAACUGCUGAGGCUCCCCACAUAUGCUAUUUUUUGUCUCCUAAGGAGUUAGAGUUGAUUUAUAUUCCACAGGGACGUGUAGCACAUAAACAGAUCAGCUCCAGCUAUACAGACACCUGAUGAACACUGUGACGACAGAAAACACGAGACUUGCUUCGUCAGAUUCACUUUUCUUCCCCCACAUUGCCCGUGUAAACCUGGAUCCUGGAUGGGUGAAAAAAAUAGCAAUAUUAAGCAUUAUAAAACUUGUGUGUUUCUGAAUGUAACUGUACAAAGGAGUGCCACUUGAAAUAUCCAAAUGUUGGUUUUAAAGAGAAAGACGUUUUUGGUUUCGCUGACCCAGUUCCAGUGUCCAUCCUCGGGAGCGCCCAGACAUUUGGUACACUUUCUGUAAUUCUAACUAGGCUAUAGUUAUAAAAAGAGAGAAACUAAGUUUUAUUAACCCAUAUUUGAAAUAUGACUCAUAAAAAUGGAUCCUUGCACACAUGCUGAUCAUGUAGGUGUCAGUUAAAGUCUGAAGCUGGACAUUGGGAUUGGGCCACUGUACCACUGUCUGAAUGGAUGGCUCUGAUGCUGGCAGUGAUCUGUUGAAAUCCUUAAUUAUUAAGGGGUUAAACUAGCAAUGUUAUUGAGUGAGAGAUUAAUAAUCAUUACAUAUAUUUAUUAGAAGAACAAAUAACUGAAUGCCCAUUGUACAUGUUAAAGGGAAGACUUUUGCAGAUUGUAUUUAUAUUUUUAACAGUCGCACUGACAUUUUUCAUUGUAUAGUUUAUGUUAAGGGUUAAAUGAUAAACAUUUCUCUGGCAUAGUAAAAUGACUUGCAUUUAGCGGUCUACAAGUACAUUGAUGCUACCCAUAACUUCAUAACAGUUGCACGUUUGGGGAAAAAACAAAACAAUUCACAGUAUUUAAGAUGGCAACACUGAAGCGACAAGGAGCUGGUGUGUUUGUGUGUGUGCUUGCUUUUCUGUGUCAAUUGAAUCAUCUGAAUGUAAGUUAUUACAAACGGUAAACCUGCUGUAGGGCCAUAUGUUUGUGUACAGUAUGUUGAUUUAUCUUCAGUUUCUGGUAACCUCGGAAGGGGAGCUAUUCUUACAUUGUAAAUGUAUGCAACACAUGUAGUCAUGCUAACUUUUUUCAUUAAAAGAUAAAAACAGAACACAAAUACAGAGAAUGAAGUUGUUUAUUUUCAGUAACGAGGGAAAGAAACGUUUGUGUUCAGGGACUGAAGUGUUCUAUUCUACAGAACAUACUGCCGUCAAUAAAAAAUAAAUACAUAAA